AUGAACGUUUUGGUAUACUCAGGACCCGGUACCUCGUCUGCUGCCGUGGCACUCACUCGCAAGAGUCUCAAACGACUAUUAUCAAACGGUUAUGAUGUGAUGCUAGCACCAGCUCAGAUGGUUAUCGAACAGCCUUGGACAGAUUCAAGUUCAUUAUUUGUUAUGCCAGAUGGAGAACAUUCAGAGAUCGCAAAAGGUUUAGGACCAUCUGGGAUAGAUCGAAUUCGUCAAUGGGUCUUUGAUGGUGGCGGUAUAUAUCUUGGAAUUGGAAACGGGGCUCAAUUGGCUUGUAGUCCUAAGAUCAAACUAGACUCUCAACAAUGGAUGUCACUUUAUCCUGGGUAUUGUAUGCCUUUGGAAUCGAAAGCCGGCGGAUCUGGUGACGAAGAUAUCGAUCGAAAUACGAAGAUCAUGAUUCAACGGGAAUCUUGGAAGGGCUAUUGGACUUCAUCACUCGAUUCGAUUCAAGUUCUUGGCAAGUGUACUUUUUCGGAUCCAUCCUCUUCAAACUUGCUGCCUACCGAUGCGAUAUCACUUGCGAGCUAUGCAAAUCGACCAGAAGCUUCGAUCGCAGCACUCAGAUGCUCGGCCGGAAAAGGUCAAGCAAUUCUGAUGGGAUAUGAACUAGAUUUAAACUCAAAAAACAGCUCUAUCUCUCAUCAAAAUGUAGAGUGGCUCAAACAACUCUUAUUAAUGAUGAAUCUUAAUGUUUCGGAUCAACUCGAAAGCUCAAUCUUACCAACUCCUCAAUUACUCCUCUCACUUUAUCCGCACAAACUAAAUACAAUCAAAACCCAGUUCAAGGCCAUGAUUGGACCUGAAGAAUGGAUAUCGGACACUCAAGAUGACUUUAGCCUCCAUAAUGAUGAAAAUCAAAUAACUCAGCUCCCGCCAACAAGUGAUGAGAAAGAUCACUUCCAAUUAGUCAUCAUUUCAGAUAUUUCGUACCGACCUAAAUUGGCUACAUCUUUCGAAUGGAAUGCGUAUUUCGAGGCAUGGAGGCGAUACAAUUUGGUUAAUGAGAAUCCAUCUGAUUGUACCUUUGGGAGUGUGGUUUUGUAUGCCGAGUCGGUGACUAGCACUCAAUCUUUAUUAGAAAAGAAUUCGAAACUUACAAGUGUUUUACCGAAUGGAUUGGUUUUCAUUGCUAAACAUCAAACUUCAGGUCGUGGUCGAGGAAAGAAUUUUUGGAUCUCAUCAGCUGGUUGUGCUCAGUUUUCAUUAUUACUUAAGAUCGACAAGAACCAAGGAUCUGGGGUGAUCUUUUUGCAAUACUUAUUUGGUUUAGCAGUUAUUGAAUCUGUUCUAAAUAGACCAGGUUAUGAAGCUUUACCAAUCAGGUUGAAAUGGCCAAACGAUUUGUAUGGAUCACUUAAAAGUCCGAGUCAGUCUGAUCCUUCAGAGAAUUUAAGACAUUAUAAGAAGUUGGGUGGGAUACUUGUAAAUGGAUCUUUCAACUUACACGAAUGUGUUAUGGUCAUUGGUUGCGGGAUCAAUAACUCGAAUUCUCAACCUUCGACAUCAUUAGAUGAAGUGAUUGAUAAGUAUAAUGAAGUAAAUCCAAAUGCUCAAUUGAAAAGGUUGUCACAUGAGGAUUUGAUUGCUGGUAUCUUGAGCACGUUUGAUAGAAUGAUGAAAGAAUUUCUUAUCAAAGGGUUUAAACCGUUUGAGAAAAGAUAUCUAUCGACUUGGCUGCAUUCGAAUCAAAUUGUAAGAUUAGAAGACACUGACGAAAUGGUCAAGAUUCAUGGGAUUACACUUAACCAUGGAUUAUUAAGAACAAAGAAAGUCGUGAUGAAUUUCGAGGGUGAAUGGGUCGAAGAUGGAGAAGUGAUUGAUUUACAACCGAAUAGUAAUAGUUUUGAUAUGAUGUCUGGAUUGAUCAAAACCAAAACUUGA